UUCCAUAUGAGCCGGCGGAAACUGCCCAUCCUUGACACUGAUAAGCCAUCUAUCAUCCGUCAAGCCUUUUAUCCCCGACUUGUGGCCUUUUUUGGAGAUACCGGUAUGGGAAAGAGUACGAUUAUCAAGAACUUGGUUCGACAUCUCACUUCUUCGAAAGCGUUUGAUGUUCCCAUCGUUGGCAGCCGGGCCGAGGCCCAGAACUCUACGAGUGCUGGAGUUCACAUAUACAUGGAUCCAGAUACCUUCAGACACGAAAGGCCGAUCGUAUAUGUAGGUAUGUCGAAUACGACAGCGCACCAGACUCAACCAGUGAUCUCAAUACAACCAGACUUGGCCGAUGAGGUUAUCUUUGAGAGAGCACUGAAGAAUAAGCCACAGCCCAUCUCAUCAAUGCCCCUUCCAUGGGCAGAACAUGGAAGCAAGUCUUGGAGGUCAGUAGUUUCCGAGAAGAUAUAUCCGAGAUUUUUAUACAUAUUUUCCGAUGUGGUCUGCUACGUGAGUGGAAACUCCAGAACUGCUGAGGAUGAUAUGGCACAAUUGGUGAACUGGGCUCACGAUGCCCAUGACUUCACAACCAAUCAAGGCGUGAAGCCAGGCUUACUCUAUAUCAUCAACCAAGACAACCACUCCAACCUCGAGGAAUGGCGAGACGUGGAAUAUGCCACAAAAUGUGUCCUAGAGAAGUUGAGGAAAUCAAAGCGGUUUGUGACUGAGCAAGAACUAUGGAGCAGCAGGGGGCGGAAGGUCGUCACUGCUGAUCACCUUCUCAGAUGUUAUUACAGCAGCGUGAAGGUCCUUUUCAUUCCACAAUUCCUGCCAAAAGACCCAAUCUGCGAGGCAAAUGAUCUCUGGAAGCAAUACAGGCUCUUGUAUCGCGAGGUUAGUGGCCUAUCAUGGAGCUCCUCUGAACAUCGAAAAGAAGCGCGAGUGCUAUUCAAUCUGGAAACUCUAUCCAGGCACAGCAUUGGAGUUCUCCAGCAGUUGGCGGCAGACCCUACGAGCUCUGUAGAUUUGCGCAAGUUAGCAGAACCAGCGCAAGCUUACCCGUGUGGAUUCAAUGGCCACGUGCUGAACAUUCUGGCUCGUUUCCAAGAAACGGAACCCAAGGAUCACAGGGCGAGUGAGCAAGACAUUGGUGCCGAGGAAGCACUUAUCAGGAAGAUCUUCAAGUAUGUUGCUAUCUGCGUUGCUCGAGAGAUUAAAAGAACAGCCUUAGUGGAUCGGGGUUCGGAACUAGGGCAGAUCGAAUACUACACCCAGAAAUGGAGAUUGGUUCUGGAAGACUUUUCUCGCACACGAUGCCGUUGUGAACAAAUGUAUCACGGCCAGCGAUGCACCAACUACCGUUUGUUCCACGUCAAAGGCCACCAGUUCGAUCGCAAAGGACGCGAGAAUUUCUUGGAAGGACCCUUUGUUUCGAGUUUUCUGGAUACACUUGACUCGCUCCAGGAUGAGCUUGCAGCGAAGCUUCCACAAUUCCUCCGGAAGUCUGUCACUACAGCCGAACUUACCAGAGAAUUGUGGUACAACGCCAAGAUUUGCGACGCAGGCAGGAUAUUCAGCAACCGCACGUGUCUCGCAUGUCUGUCUCGCACUCCCGCACACACUCUCCCUUGCAAUCACUCUAUCUGUGAUCUUUGUGCUAGUGCCUUAAACUCCCACAAGUGCCACGGAGAGCAGAGUAUAGUCAUCCCGCAAUGUCCAUUAGGAUGCGAAUGGCCAUCUCUGCCUAAUUGGACAAUCAGGCGAAAACCUUCUGAGGCAGGCGUAAGGAUAUUGUCUCUUGAUGGCGGUGGUGUACGUGGGAUCAUCCAGCUUGAAAUUUUGCAGUCAAUUGCAGCACGCGUUGGUCACAAUAUUCCAAUACAGGAAUUGUUUGAUGUCAUUGUUGGAACGGGAACUGGUGGCAUUAUCUCUCUUGGUAUUUUCAAGAAGGAAUGGUCAAUUCAGGACUCGAGAGGAAGGUUUCAUACACUCAUCAAAGCGGCUUUCUCAAAGCGUUCAUUGCUCAAGCUUUUGUGGCCAAUUCCUGGAGGUUCUGCAAGCGCACAAAUAAUGCUCAACUACCUUUACAAAAGUGAAGAGCUAGAAAGUGCACUUAGAGAUACAUUUGGGAACGAAGAAACGCUCUUCGGCUGUCCCACGAUCAACAAACAGGCCCCGAACAAAGUUGCCAUUAUCGCGACAGGCGAAGAGGAUGACAAAUCAUUCCUUCUUACCAAUUACAACCGGGAGUGGCUGAUCAAAGAUGAUGAGAGUCGCAAUCUACGUCGCGAAGAGAGGCCGCAAGAUGAGCUCAAGAUCUGGGAAGUAGCACGUUGCACCUCAGCUGCGCCUACCUAUUUUGAACACUAUCGUCACCCCGCAACUGAUCACAUCUAUAGAGAUGGCAGUAUGGAAAGCUCCAACCCAAUUCUAUUUGCUGACAGCGAGCGCCAACUCCUAUGGCCCGAUAUAUCCGAGAAUUCAAGAGACAUCCUUGUUUCCAUUGGCGCCGGAUACUCGAGCGGCUGGAACGGAGAUACAAAACAGGACUCUGUUGCACCCAAAGCCUUCAAACCCCUAGAGCAGAUGGGACUCGUAGCUCGCCUCGCCACGCUUCGCCUGGUCCAGCAGAACACAUCAAGCUGUCAAGAAGCGUGGGCAAGUUUCAAACGUUCUCUAGCAGACAAUCCCCAUUCACUCGAAAAAUGUCAUCGCCUCAAUGUACCCUACGGACGCGGUCAAACACUCUGCAAACUCGACGAAGUAUCAAAACUAGAUGCGAUGCAAGCCGAAGCCUCGGCAUUCCUACAACAAACAAGCAACUCCCUCGAUCCAAGCAUUCAAGCUUACAAUUCAGCAAAGCUUGACAAAAUUGCACACCAACUCGUCGCCUCCCUCUUCUAUUUCCAAGUCCGCGACGCCUACGAUCUCGACGAUUAUAAGUAUCAUUGUACAGGACGCCUCUACUGCCGUCUCUCUACCUCUUUGAUUCAGCAAGGGGCCUCUUUGAUCAAUACCGGGAAGCCCCGAUUUCGCGUGUCUGAGGAGGAGAAUCUGGAGGGCGAGGAAAUUACAUUUGGGCAGAGGGGUUGGGAGUAUAAUGAUUUUUCGAUUUCGGCCAGUUUUGACGCGUUGGUUUAUGCAAAGAACGGGGUUAGGGUUCAGGUUACUUUUGUGGGGUGGGAGGGGGAAUGGGAGGAUAUAAGUGGAUUUCCGAGGAAGUUUAAAAGAAGGGGGAGGAUGUAG